UGGAAGCCGCGUCCUCUCAGUCGGAGCGUAGCCGCCGGAGGGAGCGGUCGCAGUGAGAGAGAGAGAGAGAGAGAGAGAGAGAGAUAUGCAUAGCCUGAGCCUGAGCCUGAGCCUGGAGGAGAGGAGAGCACAGCCUCAUUGGUGAUUUCUGUUCGUCCUCGCCCCUUCCUCGUCUCCAGGGGGACGGUGUUUGUGUCUGAAGCCUCCUGCACGUUUGCAGGUCCGAGAGUCUGACGUGCUGUGGGCCGGCCUGCCUUGUUUGACAUUACCGAGAGCUCUCUGAACGUGCGACAGAGGACUCUCUCCGUGGCCUCUCGCUGGAUGGUGGUGGCCAUCGUUUACCGGGGCUUCCUCUGAGACCCACCCCGCGCACGGUCCCCUCCUCUCGCUUGGGGGGGGGAGAGGGGGGGCACAGACACGGACCUGCCUCCUACCUCCGGCCAUGGAGCCGGCUCUGGGCGGCCUCGUCCCAUCCUACGUCACCCUUCGCAGGCCCCGUAUUCACAGCGAGAGCCUGGAGGCCAGGGCCAGUAAGAGACUGUGCUCGAGGUUCUACAGCCCUCGGCCUGCCCCGGGAGAGGCGCUGGAUCUCCCCCCCGCCUCCCCACCGCGGACCCCCCAGGCCCGGGAGCCGAGCCCCCCCAACACCCCGCUGCCACCCGCGGUGAAGAGGGGCCGGCCCGGGCACGGUGCCCUCCGCUCACCCGGCAGCGAGGGCCCAACGCCGCCCCACGGCUCCCCCCUGGAGAGGGAGGCCGGGAGGGUGCUGUCGGUCUCCCUGGAGGACUGCCUCCCCGGGGACGGGAGGGAGAUCGGCCGGAGGAGGGCCAGGAGGAGGCUGGCGGCGAGGCCUACUGUCGUCGUUGGCAACGGG